AUGGUAUGGUUUAUAGUACUUCUGCUGUGUCUUGGAAGGACGAGAGCCCAUUUCCCGGAAAUACCUGAUAGAACACAAGUGGAAGACGAACUGCUGAACUUUCUUUUAAGACUCAAGCAUGAAGAAACCUACAACACAGUUCUUGUCUAUGGAAAGGAUUGUAUUUUCCAUUCCCUGGCAAGAAGACUUGAGGUUGCCACCGUUCUAGUAUCUUCGGGAGGCACAGAAUUCGACUGGGACUUUAGCUCCCUGGCCCUAGUGCUCAGUUGUGGGCUGGAAGCCGAGAAGGAGGAAAACUAUCGAACUCUGAUGAAGCUGCAAAGAAACAAACGUCUGAUUUACACCGAGGAGGACAUCCAACCAGAGUCUGUGUGCAACAGCUACGCCCUCAAGGAUCAGUACAAUGUAGCCAUAAUUAAUGUAAAACCUAGUCACUCAAUUGUCUUAAACGCUUGUCGCUGGUUUAAAGAUCCCAACUACGAAGAGAUAGAUCUCUACAGCCCCAAACUAGUUUUCAUAAAUCAGUUUCGAAACAUGCAUGGGGCUCCAAUCCGAACUCUGCCUGACAGAUUGGCACCCCGUUCUAUGACCUAUCGCGAUCCAACAACGAACGAGACCAAAGCGAUUGGCUACGUGGCCAAUUUGGUGAACAAUUUUGUACAGAAAGUAAAUGCCACCAUGGUGAUGGACUUGGAUGAUUUGAAAGACGCCGUAUUUUAUGGCAACAUAUCGAAGUGGACACAGGAGGACCUACUGGACGUUGGUAUGUCGCUCGAUACCACCUGGCGGAAGGUCAACCUUGACACAUACACUUACCCGUAUGUGGGAUGCACUUACUGCUUCAUGGUUCCGCUACCACAGAGGGUGCCCUACAGUGAUAUCUAUACGGAAAUAAUGGACUCCCUUGUCCUUGGCGUGAUCCUGCUGCUCUUCUGCAUCUUCUCGCUGCUACUGAUCUACAGUCAAAGGAAGUCCUGGAGGGGAUUGAGCCUUGCCAACCUUCUACUCAACGAUAAGUGCCUUCGAGGAUUUCUGGGUCAACCGUUUCCAUUUUCACUGAACUCCAACCGACAACUAAAGCUAGUUUUCUCUUUAUUAUGUUUUGCCAGCCUUAUGACCACCACCAUGUAUCAGGCUUAUCUGCAGUCCUUUAUGACGACGCCUCCGCCAGAGCCCAUGCUGGAGUCAUUUUGGGACGUGGACCACUCCCGCUAUAAAAUCGCCCUGAGCAAGGUGGAGCUGGAUAUGGUCCAGAUGACAGAGGGCCACACCAUGAAAAUACUACACCAGGAUCGUCUGCAGGUGUUCGAGGAAUUCAAUCAGUUUAUAAAACUGCGAGAGUCCUUCAAUGCCGACUACAUUUUCCCGGUCACGGAUAUCCGCUGGGAAACUUACCGCGAGCAACAGAAGCUCUUUGAACGACCCGUAUUUUACUACUCGGAUGCCUUCUGCUUGACAAGGUUUUCCUUCUUGGUCUUACCCAUACGACGAUAUCUGCCCUAUCGCGACCUCUUGGAGGAUCACAUUCUGGCCCAAAAGGAGUUCGGCCUGCUGAGGCACUGGAUUGAAAGAAGCUUCUACGAUAUGGUUAAGCUGGGUCUUACACCCCUACAAGACCUAAGCAUCCCAGAAGAGGACGACGACCCCAUCGACCUGAACGAUCUCAAAUGGAUAUUCGCCCUAUAUUUUGGAGGUCUGGCUCUUGGCUGCAUUGGCUUUGUCAUGGAGCACUCGUGGAGGCGAUACAGGACGUCCACUGGAUCAUAA